AUGGAACAGGUUGUUACCUCUAUUCCUGCCGAAUCAUUGGGUAAACAGCUCCAGAAUCCCUCGAAGAAAGGUGUGAACAAAUUAUUCCGACAAUUUCGCAAUUUGGGGUGGGUCAAAAAACUCCAAUCCCCUAAACCCGAUGCCAAAAAGCACCUUGAUGGCUCCAGUAUUUCAAUUGUUAAUGCCAACACUCGCUAUGAGUAUAAUGAGUCCGAACAUUUGGUCUCGGAUUCUCCUCUUGAUGCUUUCCCAAUCCUAAAAACCACUAAUAAGACUGACGAGAUGAUUUCCGGAUAUGCUUCCGUCUCGCACCGGUGUCGGAUUGGUCACUUGCCGUUUCAUGCUGACCCGGGUUCAGUCUCUACAAUUGGUGAGACACUUGCUUCCACACCACCGUCAACAUCGCCAAGUGGACAGAAUCGAUUGUCCAACGGAAGUGCUUUUGUCUGCGCUCAAUCUCCCGGUGAUUUGUCCUCUACCGUACCGCUUUCCAAAACUCCAACUCUUGUUAAUAAUAACAACAACUAUCGAACCUCUCCUACCGACGAAAGUCCCACUACUCUCACCACAUCCAUCUCUGCUACUACCGCUGCUGACGCCUUGGCCUCCGAAUUGAAGACCCGACUCGCGAUGCGAAGAAGUUCACCACCACCAUCGUCAACAAAUAAUGUGCAAUCCGGUGUCUCUGCACGUUCCUCUUCUUCUGCUUUGUGGACGGUCUCGGAACUCUCCGCUCGCUUCGAUUCCGCCCUCCAUCGCCUGCGCCCUUCUCCGUUGCCAGUGACAACGGCAAAGGCAAUGUCAACAAGACAGGCGGGAGAAGACGAUGUGGACGGUGUCCAUUAUACCAAUGCCGCUACCCCACCAAACACCCCCGAAGAGCUUGCCUCCCUGCGCCGGGCCGAUUCACAAAUGUGGCAACGGCGGGCGCUCUACCUGGCAGGCUUUCUGGAGCGUCGGCCUAGCCAUCAGGAUCUCCUGGCCAAGAAUAUUCUCUCCGGACGCACUCCACAGAUGCGCGCCGAGCUGAGAGCCAAGAUUGAGGUCAGUCUGGAGCGUCAGUUGAGUCAAAGACCGACGCCUGGAGAGCUGGAACAGAAGAAUAUCCUCCACUCGGGAAGUGAGGAGUCACGUAUGAAGGAAAAGGAGGAAAAGAAGCAGACCCUUUCACGAAAGCUCUCAUUCCGACCGUCAGUGGAGGAAUUGAAGAACCGUCGGAUUAUUCGCUUUAACGACUAUGUUGAAGUGACCGAGGCUGUGACCUAUGACAGACGCGCGGACAAACCCUGGACUCGUCUCACGCCUAAGGACAAGGCUGACAUUAGGAAGGAGUUGAACGAGUUUAAGUCGAAGGAGAUGGACGUCCAUGUGGACAGUAGACAAUUCACAAGGUUUCAUCGUCCCUAA